GUCUCCGAGGAAGGAGGGCGAGACCCUCCGCGCAUCCCUUCCCGAGUCCCUCGGCGCAUCCCUCCAUCCUUCCGCGCAUCCCUCCAUCCUUCCGCGCGUCCCUUCAUCCUUCAGAGCAUCCCUCCAUCCUUCCGCGCAUACUCUCCUCCCUCCGCUCAACCUUCCGCCCAUCCAUCUAUCCUUUCGCCCAUCCAUCUAUCCUUUCGCCCAUCCCUCCAUCCCUCCGCACGUCCCUCCAUCCCUCCGCACAUCCCUCCAUCCCUCCGCACGUCCCUCUGUCCCUCCGCGCUCCGUUCCGCCCGCCCCAGCACGGGCAGGGCCGCUCCUGCGCGGGGAUGGCGGGGCGGCCGCGCUUCCUCUGCGGCGUGGUGGAAGGUUUCUAUGGGAGACCAUGGUCUAUGGAACAGAGGAAACUUCUCUUUCAAUGGCUGAAGCGCCGGGGGCUGAACUGCUACAUGUACGCGCCCAAGGAUGAGCUGAAGCACCGGCUGCUCUGGCGAGAGCCCUACACGGAGCAUGAGGCAGCCCGCAUGCAGUCUCUCAUAGAAGCUGCCCAAGAGCUGGGUGUGGAGUUCGUUUUCGCCGUUUCUGCUGGCCAGGACAUGGUGUUUUCAAGCGCUGGGGACCGGCUCCUGCUGCAGCAAAAACUCAGGCAGGUGGCUGCCCUGGGGUGCUGCUCCUUCGCGCUGCUCUUCGACGACAUCGACCCCUGCAUGUGCCAAGCUGACAGAGACGUCUUCCCCUCCCUGGCCCAGGCUCAGGCCUCUGUGGCCAACGAGGUGUACCGGGAGCUGGGCCAACCCUCCACCUUCCUCUUCUGCCCUACAGAAUACUGCAGCUCCCUCUGCUCCCCCAGUCCUGGCCAGUCCCGGUACCUGCUGACCCUAGGCCAGGAGCUGCUCCCUGGGAUCGGUGUGGUCUGGACAGGCCCGAAGGUGGUGUCCCAGGAGCUCUCAGCCACACUGCUGGAAGAGGUGGAGAGUGUCCUGCGGCGCCGCCCUGUCAUCUGGGACAACCUGUAUGCCAAUGACUAUGACUGCAGACGCGUCUUCUUGGGCCCCUACACGGGACGUGCCCCCGGCCUCAUGGGCAGGCUGGGUGGACUGCUCCUCAACCCCAACUGCGAGCUCCAGGCCAACUUCAUCCCCAUACACACGCUGGGCAGCUGGUUUCAGAGUGAGCUGCAGAUCUGUGCCCACCUUGAGCACGCAGGGACAGAGACUGUGGCAGCCCUGGGGGACAGCCAAGGCCCACCGGAGGGGAGCUACAGCCCUCAGGAAGCCUUGGAGCUGGCGCUGCUUGACUGGGUGGCUGAGAUAAACCGACAGGCCUUGGAGACAGGAGGAAGGACCCCGGGACACCCCAGCAUCAGCCGCAAGGGAGGAAAGAGGCUGCAGCCUGGCACAGCGGGAGGACAGGAGGCCAUGCCAGCCCCCCAGCCCAACUCUGUUCCCGGCGGGGCAGACCAGCAUGGCCCUGAGCCCUGCAGUGUGGCUCCAGGGGGUGGCAGGAGGAAGGUGACCUCGGAGGUGGAGAAGGGCAGUGGGAGCAAGACCUCUGCUGGCGGCUGGCAAAGCCCCAGAGGGGCUGGGGACCAGCUGCCCAGGCGGAGCAGGGGGAGCUGCGAGCCCUCUGCUCUGCCCAGCACGGCGGGCAGUGCCCAGACUGCGGGAGCCCCAGUGGCUACCGAGCCCCUCCCCAGCCCAGCCCCCGUGAUGUGCUGCAGCACUGGGGCCAGCACCAGCCAGAACCUUCCCCUGCCCACCAGCAGUGCCAGGACUGGGGGUGGCAGCCCCCCCCAACCCCCCAGCAGCACCCAGCCUGAGGCCAGCAAGGCUGACGUGCCCCAGACACCCCCAGGGGCUGCGGCUGGCACCAGCCCUGGCCCCCCAGCACCACUCUCUGAUGGGGCUGGUGGCAGCCCGGGUCCCCCAGCACCACCAGCCCCAGAGGAGGCUGCGUCCAGCCCCAUGGCCCUGCUGACCCUGGAGGAGGCUGGGUCUGGCCCCACGGAACCACUGACUUCCAAGGAGGCCGGGUCCAGCCCCAUGGCACCAGGGACCCCAGAAGAAGCCAUGUCCAGUCCCACAGCACCCACGACCCCGGAGGAGGCCAGGGCCAUCCCCAUGGCUCUGGUGACCCUGGAGGAGGCCAAGUGCCCCCCUACAGCACCGGUGACCUCGGAGGAGGCCGGGUCCACCCCUUCGGUGCUGCUGACCCUCACGGAGGAGAGCUCCAGCCUCACAGCCCCGCUGACUCUGGAGGAGGUGCGGAUGCUGGUGGAGCUCUUCUACCUGCCCUACCACCACGGGCCACAGGCGCAGCACCUCCUGGAGCAUUUCCGCUGGCUGUGGGCAAACAGCCUCAGCGUGGGGGUCCCGGCCACGGCGCCCGACGCCUGCGGGGGCGCGCGGUGGCGCGGCCGGGCCCAGGCCUUCCAGCUGCUCUGCGCCCAGACCUGCCGCCUGCACAGCCGCUUCGCCAGCCGCGCCGGCCGGGCGCUGCUCUACGACCUCCACCCCUACCUCUGGGACAUCCGCAACGUGCUGCUGGCGGCCGGCGCCUUGGUCCUCUGGCUGGAUGGCCACCUGCUCUGCGACCCCGGCCCCAAGGGCACCUGGGGAAGCUGCUUUGGCUGGUGCCAGAGCACCACUGCCCCGAUCCUGCUGGGGGGGGAUGCUGAGCCCUGGGCGCGUCGUGGGGGCCUCUUUGGAGAGCUGCAGGCCCUGCUGCCUGUGGGGAACAGCUGUGACCUCUUCUACCACCCACCUCCAUUCUUCCCGUCCAGCCAGGUGUACCUCCUGCGCCCACUGCUGCCCCUGGACAAGGGAGAGCUUUACCGAAUGUGUCGGGAGAGUUUGGACUGUGACCCCAAAGUUGCAGAGAUCCUUGCGGCACAUCCCGAUCUCCUUGGUGACAGGCUGCUGGGCAGCUUCCUGAGCCUCAGCCCCGAGUACACCUUUGUGCUGGAGGAUGAGGAUGGUCCGUGCGGCUACGCAGCUGGCGCGCUCUGCGCUGAAGGCUUCCUGCAGCAGCGGGACAGCAGCUGGCUGCCGGCCCUGCGGCACAAGUACCCCCGAGAGCUGGGCGCAGGAGCCCCAGCUCUGGGACAGGAUGCCCUGGAGGAAGCACUGCUCUUCUUCCACACAGAGCCAGCGGCCGUGCCCCCGCCGGUGCUGCGGCGCUUCCCCUCCCUGGUGCAGCUGGGCACGGCGCCCCGGGUGCUGGACGCGGGGCCCAGCCGCAGCCUGGCCAUCUGCCUGCUGAGCGCGCUCCGGGCCAACGGCUCACGGGGAGUGUUUUGCCAGGUCAGCGAUUCUGACCGGCAGCAGCUGAACUUCUACAGCAAGCUGGGCUUCGUUGCUCUGCCAGUGGCCUGGGGCAACUCCCCUGGCGCUCUGCUCCUGGGACGGCUCCUCUGAGCAGGCUGCGCUGGGGGCGGGCACAGGACGGACACGGGACAGGCAGACUCCUCAUCCCAGGCAGCAUCAGCCCCAGGGAGUGGGAGCAGAGGGGCAGGUACCCAUGAUGGGGGACAUGGCCUGGGGUAAGCUGGGUGUCACUGAGACAUGUGCAGGGCACAGGGCCAUGAGGGUCCUUGAGCAAUGGAGGGGUAUUUUUGCCAUCUCAGGAGAUUUGGAUAUCAGGGCUCCUCCUCUCAUCCCCCAACUGUUCCUGCUUCCUGAGUACCCUUUAUCUUUCCUGGGGAGCCAGCAACAUCCCCAGGCUGUCUGCAGACCACCAAGCCCAGGGGGAGCCACAUGGGCAGUAUUUGGGGUGGUGGUCUCAGAGCAUGGCACAGUGCAUUAGCAGUAGGGAAGUGUCUCUGUCCCACAGGCUGGGCUGUCCUGCUCUCUCCAUCCCCUCUGUGGCCCUAAGCCGGUGCUGGGGCUGGCUCUUGGCACCCAGGACCUUCUUGUCUCUAUGUACCCAUCUGGUGUGGGACACAGUGGGGCAACCUCCGUAUCUGCCGCCCAGGGGCUGAGGGAAGUGCUGUCCUUGGCAAUAAAGUAUU